AUGCGUACACUUAGAAUCAAGCGAUUUGUGUCUCCUCGACGUGUUUGGUCCGGAGUUUUACUGCUACUGGGUGUGUUACUUUCACUACAGUAUCAGGGUGUCGAUGUCUGUUCUAUGCUUCUCUCCCGAAGUGUUGCCGCCUUCACCAAGACGCCGUCCCAUCACGAUCUCACCAUAAACGACGUUAGUAUUACUGCUACGGACCUGCUCAAUAUUCUUCGAGAGCCGCUGGUGUUGGAGCGCCGUGCGGAAGAAACCGAUGAGAUGUUUGUGGCGCGUUUCCCGAUCCCGUCAAAAGACUUUGGCCGUCCUGAGUUUUUGCAAAUGGCGCAGGCAUCGAGACAAGGAGAUGGACUUAUCUUUCUUUGUGCCGUCCGAGGUGCGACAGCUCGGCAAAGUUGGACCGGAUUGCCCGACUGCGUACGCGAUGGCGGUCCGCACCUUUGGAGGCAUCGUAAUCAGUUUGCCACGCUUUCGGCGGGACGAAGAAAGGAUCGUCCACGCUACGCUUUUUCGGUCGACGAACAAUCCGACACAGGAAGGGAACUAGUUCAUAGUCUUGUACUUCUGAUUGAGAUUGAUAGAAGCACGAUGUCGAUGCAGGCCGAAUUCAACAAACGAAGCAGCGUGGUCCUCUCGUUGGCAAUACUGAUCGUGUCCUUGGGCAGAAUCCCUACCGAGCUGCGUCUUUUACGAUCACACUCUUCCGACCGGAUCGUCCUUGACACAGCAUCUAAAGGUUCGACGGGACAAGCCAAGGCUUUUCGAAAAACUAACUGUACGGCACACAUGUCUCCUCGUCGCCAUGAAAAGGACGUUGACAAGAAAGCAGACACUAAGGGUCCCAAAAUAGCCUUGCUGAUGAGUUUUCCAAACUCGGGAACCUCCUAUACCAUCCUUAUGCUACGUCACUUGUCCGCUACGUUUUCCGCCAGCAAUUAUGGCUUGGAGAAGACGUAUGUUGGCAGCGAGUCCUCCAACACGAAUGUCGCGAUUCGACUUGAUCAGCCUCAAGGACCGUUUUGGAUGGACGCCGCCACAAAGAGUAACGCCAAUUACACUUACCCGGCCGACCUUGUGUUGACUAAGACACACUGUGGAGGGAAAUGCGUACACUGUCCUCCUAAAAUGUAUAUCGAGUCACCUUACAGCUUUCGACGAGAAUGCCUUACGGCUCGAAAGAUCAUUAAUAGCACCACAAUCCGAACGCAGGUGUACCCUACCACACACGUACAAAAAGCGAUUCAUUUAUUUCGAGAUCCAGUGAAUAAUGUCGUUUCACGCUUCCAUCAUGAACGCAGGUCCGGACGUAGCGCCGUCGCGUACCCAGCGACAAGAGAAGGAUUCCGCGACUACUGCAAAAACCUAAAUGAUAGUUUUGAAACCUCCGAGGUCAAGUCAAUAUUAUGGGAUAGGGAGUUGAGGAAUGCGUUUGAAAAUGUCCCUUGUCGAGCUGAAUUCGUUCGCUAUGUGCUUUGGCAUGAUCUAACGUUUUGGAUGACGAGAGACAUGGAAAUAGAAACCUUCAUUCUUCGUUACGAAUGGUAUGAAAGUCGCUUGGGGUUUACAGCGUCGAAGCUAGUGCGAUUCCUGGAUCUGAAGCCUGUGGGCGAUCUCGUGCCUUUUGUAGCCGGGAAAAAGUACCAUGACUAUUUUUCGCCCAGAGAGCACAAUGCGAUUGCCAGCGCAAUUCACAUGUCGGCGUCAUCGAAGACAUGGGAAGUUGUAAAAGAGUAUUUCCGUCAUAAAAUCCAGUAUAGCUCUCAAAAGACGAUCCGUACAAUUCAUUGACAGUGAACAAGCAGCGCAGUUGUAGAGGUUGUUGCUGAUGCUAAAGUAGACUCAUUUCGAUUCUUCUUGGAACCCUUAUUUUAGCCUAGUAUCUAAAUUUGCCUAUUC